AUGACAUUUGAUAAUGUAACUGGAACAAGUAAUUCAGCAUAUCCAAAUGCAAGUAUAUUAAUAUGUCCAUCAUCAUGUUAUACAAUGAAAUAUCUAACAAAUCAAAAUGCAUAUCCAAUAUUUGGUAAUGAAACCUAUUCUGGAAAUUCAUUAGUAUGUAAAUCAGCAAUGCAUGAUGGUCGAGUUGCUCCAUGGAAUGGAGAAAAUUCUCCUGUUUUAAUUCAAAAUAAUUCUAUUCGAUUAUCAACAUUUCCUAGUGUUCUCAGAAAUGGAAUUCAUUCAGCUAAAUCAACAUCAUUAUCAUAUAAUACUUAUACAUUUGUUAAUAAUCGAAUAAAUGAAACAUCAAUUCUUGAUAUUGCAAUUGAACAUCGAGGAUUUCUUUAUUCUCAAGAUGAAUCAUCAAGUAUAACAUGUCGAAGUAAAAAUGAUUUAUAUUCAAUUGAACCAAUUAAUAUUGAUCUUGGAUGGAAAACAUGGAGUGAAAAUCGUUUAAAAUAUUUUACGACUCCAUCUAAUAUGACACGGAAUGAUGCAUUAACAUUUUGUUUAAAUAAUAAUGGAACAUUAAUGUAUUGGGCAAAUCAAACUGAACAAAAUAUACUUCAAAAUGAAAUUUUACCAACAAUUUAUCAAUUAUUCCGUUAUGAAAUAAAAUCUGUAGGUAAUAAUACACUUUCUUUUUAUAUUGGUUUAACGCGAAUCAAUCAAAUAAAACAAUGGCAAUCACAUAUAAUUAAUUAUAAUGAAAAUAUAUUUCAAAUAAAUGUAGCUUCAUUUAAUAAUAGUCAAGAUGAUUAUUGUACAAUAAUUCAAACAUCUCCAGCAAAUCCACAAUUAUUUACAAUUUAUGCCCAACAAUGUAAUGAUAUUAAUACUAUUGCAUAUCCUCUUUGUCGUCUUACUCCUUCAGUAAUGAAUGAACAAAACGAUUUUAUUUAUCGUCUUGAACUAGAUACUCAAUCAGGAAAUUUAACAGGUGUUAUUAAUUUUUGUUCAGAAUUAGGUGGUUAUCCUAUUUAUGCUAAUAAUGCUUAUGAAUGGCAAAUUGUUCAAGAAAUAAUGUUAAAAGAUCCAAAUUUUAGUGAAAAUUAUGUUUAUACGGGUUUAAUAUCUCAAACAAAACAAGUUAAUAAUGCAUAUUGGAUGCCAAGAAAUAUUUCAUAUAAUAGUUCAUUGAAUUAUUUAAUGUUUGCACCUUUUCGAGGAGAUGCAGAUAGAACUGGUUUUCAUUUAUCAAAAGCAAAUGAUGAAUCUUAUUAUUUACUAUAUGAUAUUAAUCCAUAUACAACUUUAAAUAAUCUUCGAUUUUGUCGAAAAGAUUCGAUAAAAACAUUAAUAAAACAAUCUCCAUCAUGUCAUUCAAAUCAAUGUACAACAAAAUGUUUAAAUCUAACACUUCCAAAUCAAUCAGAUGAUUUAAGAUUUGCUUUUUAUGGUUGUUUUCCAAAAACUAGUUUAGCUUCAAUUGUUUAUACACAAUCAUUUCCACGUUAUGGUGAUUUUAUUCGACCAGAAUUACCAAUGGACUAUAGUGUUAAUCUUCGGAGAAAUUAUACUGACUCAUUAAUAUUAAAUUUUAAUCAAACAGAUAAAGAUCUUCGUUCUGUAUGUUAUGAAUAUCUGAAUAUGGAUAUGUUAUCAACAUUAAAUGAUACACUUCGAUUAAAUUGUGUUUAUUCAUCUACAAAUAAUAUAACAAUUUCAGGAAUUUCUUUUAAAAAAAAUUUUAAUAGUUUAAUUUCAAUUGGUUAUGAUGGUAGAAGAAUAUCUUCUCAUCAUACAAGAUUUAUUGAUUAUUAUGAUUCUGGAAGUCGAUGUCAUUAUCAAGGUAUUUAUCAUCCAUAUAUAAAUCAAUGUAUUUGUGCACCGGGAUUUUAUGGAAAUCAAUGUGAAAAUAGUUGUCCAGCUGGUUAUUAUGGACAAAAUUGUGAUUUUCAUUGUUAUGGUGAUGAUGAUUAUUGUAAAGGUUUAUUAAUUUGUUUACCUGAUCCAUAUGGAUGUUCUUGUUAUUCGGGUUGGUAUGGAACACAUUGUAAUUUAACUUGUCCAUCUAAUCUUUAUGGUCCUGAUUGUUCUUAUCAAUGUUCAUGUCCUUCAUGUAAUCGAUUUUCAGGUGUUUGUAAUUGUAUUGGAACAGAAUGUCAUCAAGGUGAAUAUAGUCGUAAUGAUAUUGAAUCUCGUUGUUCAUCAUCAACAAAUUUAGCUUUAUUAAUAGCAGUUCCAAUUGCUAGUGUAAUAAUAUUAAUUGGUAUCAUAGGUGGAUUAUUAUAUUGGAGAAAACGACGUGCAUCAGAUGAAGAAAAUUUAUUUCAAAAUUCAGGUGUUCGUUUUUCAUCUACUUCUUAUCAAUCAUCAAUGAGACAAAAUCAAUUUGAUAGAGAUUAUAAUAAUAUUCUUAGCGAACGUCUGUGA